GCUAAGCCAGAUCACAUUUGCGUAUCGUUUGCCAUUCGGAAACCUGUUUAUUGUCCAUUUUGAAUAUAUUUGCUUAGAGGAUGAGUCUUUUUUAAAUCAUUUGACCUAUCACGGGAGCGGAGUUCAGAAAUUAAAUGGCGAAUGCUGAUUUGCAUAAACUAAACCUGGUGUGUGUGUGUGUGUGUGUGUGUGGUAUACCCCAAGAGACUGCAAAUGCGCAAUUCCCAAAGACGGUUCAACUUGGAUUGUGUGUGGAAGGGGCUUGUUUUUCAAAAGUGUCUCCUCUCUGUUUUCCGUUGUUUGUACUAGUAACUCCCGAGUUUAGGGAUCGCGCAGUAAUGGCAAAACAACAUUUCUUCUGAGGAUUGGAUUGCAGAGCGACCCAAAUACAGUACUGUACCGAGCAAACAGGUUUGGAAGAAAAAAAUCUUUUGAAAAGCGUCCAAUGGAAUUGGCAUUUACAGAAUAAGCCAGCGCUUAUCAAAUAAGGAUAGAUCCAUGGACCCACAAGUUAACUGUGCUCAGGAAAGUGGAAGACUUAGCACUGAAGGAGAGGCAGCUACUUUGAGUAAGGAAGAUGAGUUCUUACGCCAUUUGUCUCAAGAGGAGAAAGAGUGCCUGAGUUUUUUGAUUGAAACCAUUGACUCAUUAGAGGUAGAAUUGGAGGAAGAUGAUGAAGAGGGGGUGAUGAAGGGAGAUAGCACCAUUAGUGAUGGCUUUUAUGAGUUUCUAGGAAUGGUAUGCGGCACUCGACAAACAGAAGAUACAGCAGGCCCAGAUGAUGCAGGUGUCUGUGACAAUGUUGGGGUUAUUGGAAAUGUGGAAGCAAUUACCAGUCAUCCAUCUGCUCAAAGGAUCAAUAACAGAAGUAUGGAAUCAGUUCCUGUGGUUGAUACAACACCCAACCAAACAGCCACAUUCGAAGAGGGCAAGAAGGAGAAGGAGUCCAUGAAACAUCAAGGAUCUGAAACUAUGAUAGCAUUAGGAUCCAAUGUCUCAAACCAAUCCAGAGAAACUGCACCUGAUGAACAAAGUUCACCCAGAACACUUACUUUGCUUCCUGCUCAUGCUAAAAAGUUUGACACCAUCUUGAGGUCAGGGGUCAGUGUGCAGGAGCUCCGAGCCCAGGUUCUAGCCCGCCUUAGUGGGUCUGGCCAGAAGAAGCCCAGCAGUCAAGUGGAGGGUUUGGCUGCCCAAUCCAACUCACUCCGAUUGCUUGGAAGGCCUGAGCAGAAAGCAGCAAGGCAAGAUGCCCUUCAAAGACUAGGACUGUUGAAAUUUACUGGGGGUUUAUCUAACAGCAACAACUCCUCCUCCUCUCAACCCCUUGAAACAGAGGGAACUCAACAGUUCUCCAGUCUCCACAAUCGCCAAGAGAAAAGGAUCAUAAAGAAGCUUUGAAAAAGCUGGGUCUCUUAAACCUGGAAUCUUGAAAAAUUAUUGUAGAAAUCUACACAAUGAGGACUAUAAGUAACUGUUAUUUUUCUAAAAAUUCUGUGGUUGGGUGGUCACUGGUUAACCAGAGUUAGCUGCCAGUUGGCCUUCUCAAUGAGGUUCCCCUGCCCCCAACAAGGCCAAUAAAAUGUGUGAAGCCUUUCAGUAUACUCAGCAAGGCUUAUUAACAAAACAAUGCUAUAAAUACACAUUUCCCUUUUUCUGCUGUUGGACAUUAAUUAUUCACUAAAUUAUUCCUAAAAUACUUUGUGACAGUAAACAAGGACAUUUGAUCAACAUUUAACAAGGACGCAGGAUUGAAUCCUUAACUUCUGCAUGGAAGUUGGGGCCUGAACCCCAGUCUCUAAUUUUUUUUAAAAAAGGGAGCUGCUCAUUGACUCCUGGGAGCUUUUACUCAAGACUGGAAACACACCAUAUACAGAAUUGUGGGCUUAAGCCCAUAUCAUGGCACUGCAUUGCGUAGGUUGUGGAAGCUGCUGUACACUGCGGCAUUGUGUUUCUUCCCUCUGGCAAAUUGAAAUUACAUAGAGCUCGUAUGUCAAAUGAUCAAAUAUUUGUUACGUUUCCAUUAAUCAUUGUGUCUUUAGAAUCCUGCAUCUACUUAUUGUUUUAUAGAUCACUCCAUUGUUUAUAUAACUUGCUCUCCUAUAUCACAUCUUGUAUAUACUAUAUGAUAGUACAUAUGUGUGUGUGCAUGUAAUAAUAAGUAGCACUUUGAAUAAAUAAACACUUACUUCAAAUUGCAA